AUGUUGGGCAUCGACAACACGCCUGAUUCGAUCCCUUCUCUUCAAGGGGAAGAUUCCGCUGACAUAUUGCAUGUCGUCUCUGUUGAAUCUGUGUUGUCUUUCGUAAUCGUAGCAUUGGCAGAAGUUAACUUUUACUCAGACUUUACAGGAGCAUGUCCUUGUUCAGCUGCUAUAAAAUUUGCCCUACCUCAAGAUUAUUCUGCUCUUGUAUUAAAGAUAACUGAUCGCAUUGUAGUGUCUGGGAGGCAAAAAAUUGUACCAG